UCUGGUAGCGAAGCAGAAGGAGCUACAGCACCGCAUCAUCGAGCUCAAAGAAAUCAACGAGCGGAAACGAGAGAGAUGCCAUGUGACUCCCAUUGUCGACAAUCUCAUCAAAGCCACGUCACCGCUGUACGGACAACUGGCCCAGGAAUACAACAACCAGGACCGAAUAGCGACGUAUGUGUGGGCAUAG